CAAGUGAUCACUACACUGCAAAAUCUUGUCUUGAAAUAAUCCAUCAAUGGUUUUGCUACCCAUCUUGUCGACCUGUUCUUCCAGCUCCGGCAUCAUGUGCGAUUUCUUCUUCUUACUCCCUAUUUUUCCCAGCCCAAUUCCCUUCACUCUUCUGCUCCAAGAUUUUGGCUUUAUGUCUUAACAUGAAGCAUAGUUCAAGGCAUCGACGUCAAACCGAGAGAAGUUGGGCUGAAAUAUUGUGUUUCGGUUGCACGUGCAUACAGCUUUUCUGGCCGCGCGUGGUGGUCCGCAAGUUGCUCAACAUCAGCGCCAAAGAUUCCGAUUACAGCGCCGAUACCGAAUCAGAUUUCGACUCUGAUAUCGAUCAAGCUGGCUUUGUGGAUGCCUGUAAGUGGCCACCGGAGUCGCGGUUUAAAGAUGUGGGAGGAGAUGAAGUUCAAAGUGAUGUGAACGGUAAAAGCUAAUAUGAACAUCUUAAGAUGAACUUUCUUCGUAAAGCUUUGUGAUUUAACCUGUAGGUAUUCAAGUAUUGAACUGGCGUUUUUUACUUUUUUAAAAGAUACUGUUGUCGGGAUAAGAAGACGAAAGUCAGAGACAUGUAGGGCACAAUAUAUUAACACCAGGGAAAUUAAAGUAUGUGCUGGUACGUGGAAUGUAGGAGGCAAAGUUCCUCCAGAUGAUAUAGAUCUUGAUGAUUGGAUUGAUACUGACAAUCCUUCUGAUAUUUAUGUGCUUGGAUUUCAGGAAAUCAUUCCAUUGAAUGCUGGUAAUAUAUUCGGGGCUGAAGAUAGCCGUCCUAUUCCAAAAUGGGAGAACAUCAUUCGAGAAACCCUCAAUAAAAUCCCACCCGUGAAUAAGUUCAAGUCCCAUAGUGACCCCCCUUCUCCAUCAAUGUUUAAGCCAUCUGAAAGUUUUUCUGACAUUGAAGAGGAAAUUGCACCAGAGUUGGACAAUGAUGAUGAUGAGGAAAAGAUUCCUUUAGUUGAAGAAUGUAAUGAGUUUGUUGAAGCCAGUGACUUAACUAUAACAGGGAAUGAUGCAGUUGCAAGUGCUAAUGUAUCUGCAUCCAGAGGUAGCAAUGAGUCCACAGAAGCAGUCAGAGCUGGGGUUGAGCGGCUAUUGUCAUCUUCAAAGAGGCUGGAUAGAUUGAAUUGCUUUAGACUUGAAGGCUCUGAAGAAAAUUUAGAAGAAACUAGUAUUCAUCAUGCCAAGAAAUUAACCAAAACCCUUAGCGGAAUACAAAAGAUUGGCCUGAGUUGGCCAGAGCAGCAGCUAGAUUUUCUACCUCACUUUGCUUUCGAGAGACCGGGUUCCUUUAAAUCUAUGAAAUCACUUAAGGCGUCCAUGUCUUUUGGAGAAUAUUGUUCUCUCUUAUCAACCACACAUGGUCAAAAUAAAAUGCAACCUGAUGCAUCUUUACUUGCAAAGCUGGACCUCAAAUCUUUAAUAAAGCGUAAAAGAAAGACACCAUAUAUGAGGAUAAUUAGCAAGCAACUAGUUGGUAUUUUCUUAACUAUAUGGGUCCGUAGGAGUUUGCGGAAACAUAUACAGAAUUUGAGUGUUUCUACAGUUGGUGUAGGCGUAAUGGGCUACAUAGGCAACAAGGGGUCAAUAUCAGUUAGCAUGUCCAUAUACCAGACUCUCUUCUGUUUUGUAUGUACUCACUUAACAUCAGGUGACAAAGAUGGGGAUGCUGUCAAGAGACAUGCUGAUGUGAAUGAAAUUCACCGAAGGACACGUUUCAAUAGAUACUCUAGUGUUGGCCUUCCUAAAAGUAUAAAUGGCCAUGAGAGAAUAAUCUGGAUUGGGGAUUUAAAUUAUCGUAUUAAUUUAUCAUAUGAAAAGACACUCGAGCUGAUAUCCAAAAAAGACUGGCCUAAGUUAAUUGAGAGUGAUCAGCUGAUUAGAGAGUUCAAGAAAGGACGUGCUUUUGAUGGAUGGUCUGAAGGUAUUUUGAAUUUUCCACCGACAUACAAGUAUGAAAUAAACUCAGACAAGUACCACGGGGAGGACCCGAAACCCGGGAGGCGUACUCCAGCAUGGUGUGAUCGUAUUCUUUCAUCGGGGAAGGGAAUGCGCCUCCUGAGCUACAGGAGAUCUGAGAUAAGACUCUCCGACCACAGGCCGGUGGCAGCUACUUAUAUGGUAGAGGUCGAGGUAUUCUCACCCAGGAAACUGCAGCAGGCCCUUGCUUACACUAAUGCAGAAAUUGAAAACAAGGAGGUAGUAACGUCGGAUGUUGGAAUUGUGAACAGAAUGUGCCAAUUGAACACAGAAGAGGACGCUUUAUUGUGGAAGCGCUAGAGAGGCGACCACUGUGGAAGAGGAAAAUAUAUCAGAAACUGACGGACAUCCCACUUUGUAUAGAUUAGUACUGCAUUUUCUCUUAGGAUAUAUGGUUGCUUUUUGUUUACAUUUUCACAGUACAAUAAAUUUUCUCAGCUCGAUCUUAAUACUUUUUGUUUAAAAGAAACAACAAUUCUAGUUGUGUAUAGGGGUUCUCUUUGUUGUGUGUAUCAGAGAUACUCUCUUUCCUUGUCUCAAUCCCAUUUUUUUUUUGUUUAAAUAUGUCGGGUGAUUCCAGUUGUGCAGCUUUUCCCUUUCCUGCGCUGCUUAUAUUAUUGUUA